UCUCCUGCUUCGUGAUUGGCUGUGGGUAGAGGGGCUGGUGGCCUGGGUGGUACUCCUGAGGGAAAUUCGCCGGCUUCUUGGGACCCUGGUCUCGGGACCUUGAUCCUGUUCCCAGGCCUGGGGAAGACAGCCCACCAAGGGAAACCUUCGCGGGGGGAGGGAGGAAGGACGGAGCCAGAGACCCGGGACCGACUGUGUCUUCGACGGAGCGGACAGUGCCACUGAAAAGUUUAUUGCAGGGACAUGACAAGAUCACAUUUUGAAAAGUUGGAGAGAAGCUCAAGUGAUUAACUGAAGCCCUGGAUGAAAAUAGGAUUUCUAAGGAGAAACUGUAAGGUGCAAUAAGUACCUUCUGAGUCCCAGGACGGUGGCAAUUAGCCAAUGGUUGCAGGCAUGUUGUGGAAGUUGCUGAUAAGAUCCCAGCCCUGCAGGCUGUGUUCUUUCAGAAAGAUGCUAUCGGCUCCAAAAUACAGACCCUUUCUAGCGUGCUUCACCUAUACAAAUGAUCAUCAGUCAAACAAAGAAAAUAAAAGAACAGUGGAAAAGCUCUAUAAAUUUUCAGUCGACAUCGGGAAAAUUCGCAGACUAAAAGGAUGGGUACUUUUUGAGGAUGAAACCUAUGUUGAAGAAAUUGCAAAUGUUUUACAACAACUAGGUGCUAAUGAAGCCGCUGUAGCCAGUAUUUUGGAACGCUGCCCAGAAGCAAUUGUCUGCAGUCCAACGGCUGUUAACACCCAGAGAGAACUCUGGCAGUUGGUCUGCAAAAACGAGCAAGAGUUAGUCAAGUUAAUAGAACAGUUUCCAGAAUCUUUCUUUACUGUUACAGACCAGGAAACUCAGAAGCUGAACAUUCAGUUCUUUCAAGAGUUGGGACUCAAAAAUGUGGUCAUUAGCAGGUUUUUGACAACUGCAUCUAAUAUUUUUCAUAAUCCUAUUGAGAAAAAUAAGCAAAUGAUAAGUAUUCUCCAAGAGAGUUACCUAAAUUUAGGUGGCUCCGAGGCCAACGUGAAAGUUUGGUUACUGAAAUUAUUAAGCCAAAACCCAUUUAUUUUGCUGAAUUCUUCUGCAGCUAUAAAGGAAACACUAGAAUUUCUCCAGGAGCAAGGUUUCACAAACUUUGAUAUUCUCCAGCUUCUCUCCAAACUCAAAGGAUUUCUUUUUCACCUUUGCCCCAGAAGUAUACAGAACAGCAUUUCCUUCUCUAAAAAUGUUUUUAAGUGCACAGAUCAUGACCUGAAGCAAUUAGUUUUGAAAUGUCCUGCCAUUUUAUAUUAUUCUGUUCCAGUUUUGGAAGAGAGAAUUCAGGGAUUAUUGAAAGAAGGAAUUUCCAUAGCUCAGAUAAAAGAGACGCCAAUGGUUCUUGAAUUAACACCGCAGAUAGUACAGUACAGGAUAAAGAAACUGAAUUCCCUAGGCUAUAGAAUAAAGGAUGGACAUCUGGUAAAUCUAAGUGGAACAAAAAAAGAAUUUGAGGCUAACUUCGGCAAAAUUCAGGCCAAAAAAGGAAGGCCAUUGUUUAACCCUGUGGCACCAUUAAACAUUGAAGAGUAACUUGCAGACUGCUGCUUUCUAGCAUUGCAGAGUGAAGCUGAGUAGCAGGGACUGGAGUCAGUUUGUAGGCACUAGUAAUUUUAAGAAACUGCUUAGCUUCUGAGUUGUCUUAAGUUACAUCUGAGUAGAUAAUCUCUGACUCAUUUGCUAUAUUUUAAGAUAUAAACUGCAUUUAUUUUAAAUAAAGUUGGUAAUUUUGACUUUGAGCUAUUUCAAAAACUCCUAUACUAGUAAGUAAAUGGCACAUCAGAGUGAUACUUUGCGAGUGAAUCAUUUCUAAGAUACUGACAAAGUACACUCCCUUAAUUCAAAGUAUGGAUAUAUUUUUAUUUAAAUAGCACAUUUCAUCUGGAACACAGACUCCGUCUUCUUCCUCACCACCAGCUCUGAAACAUCGCUCUAAUGUGGUCUGAAUUCUAUAGAUUAGUGUUAAGUGAAAC